AGUUGCUGCUGAGCGGUUCAAUAAGAAAGAUGUGCUGCUGGUUUUCGUUACUUCUGGUCGCGGUUGUGAUAUACCAAAAUGCGUUCGCGCAGCUUCUUGAUGAAAACUGUAAAGUAAAGAUAACCUAUAGAGUGGCAAACGGACACACGGCGAUUACUUCUCAGUUUAUGGCAGCCUUGUAUAACAACAGCGAAUUUUUCUGUGGUGGAUCACUCAUACAUAAGCAAUAUGUUCUAACCGCUGCGCACUGCGUACGUGACCUCGAUGAAGUAACCGUACACCUGGGGGAGAACAAUCGAUCGUGCCCGAUCCCAGUAUGCAAACACGUUCUGCGACUGAACGCCAAGGUCAUUUUGCAUCCCAAUUUUCAUGGUAAUAUAUUUUUGAAUGAUAUCGCUUUGCUUAGACUGGAGCGCGAAGUGAUAUUUGAAGCCCAUAUACGACCCAUAUGCAUUAUCCUCGACGAGGACGUUACAUCAAAUAAUCAAAACAAUUUCACGGCGUAUGGCUGGGGUAAGACGGAACACGGAAAUAUCAGCGACGUACUGAGUUUUAUCGAUUUGGUGCGAUUACCCAAAUCUAUGUGCUACCAAAACAUCAACACAAUAUGCGCGGGCAGCACAUCGGGAGACACCUGUGAGAGUGACUCUGGUGGUCCACUGAUAGGCAAUUUCGUACACCGUGGGAAAAGUAGAGACAUACUGUUUGGGAUAACAAGCUAUGGCGACGCCGAAUGCAGUGGUUUAUUUGGGGUCUAUACAGAUGUAAAUGCCUACAAAUCGUGGAUAGCUAGCGUCGUUCUUGAAUCCGAACCGAGACUUUUGAACGAGUAUUGCAAGAGCGAUUGGGGAGCUAAGAUUUUUUUGCGCCUGUGGGAGAUGUCACUAUUUGAGCAUAAAUUCGCUGGUGCAUUAAUCACAAAUCAAUUUGUUGUGACUGUUGCCAGUGCGCUCCCUGACAAUUUCAAUGCCAGCAAAAUCAAGGUAGAAUCCAAAUAUCUGCAGGUCUACGACGUCGACUGGGCUCUAAAGCACCCCCACUUCGAACAAGCACCGAGAAUAAGGAAUAACAUAGCUCUGAUUAGACUGGCUAAGAUGAUUCCAAGAUCAAUUUUUGAAAUACCAAUUUGCUUGGGACUGAACUUUGAUUCUCCGACGACUUGGAAUGCCCUUCUUUAUAGUGCCAAUAAUAGGUUCUUGGGUAGUCAACAAGUAAAUUUAAAAAGGAUCCAUGAUUGCUUUGAACCCAACGAGUACUGUGUCGAGAAGCCCGAUAAAUUGAAUUAUCUACCUUAUGAUACACCUGGAUCUGUGAUAGGUACCAGUCAAAUGUUUAAGGGAAGGGAAAUAUAUCUUAUCGCGGGCAUAAUAAGCCAUACUCAAGGUGAUGUAAUCGUCUUUACGAACAUCCAAGACCACGUCGAAUGGAUUACAACUAUCAUGAAAAAUACAUAGGAUGUCUGUUAAAUUUUAGUGAGAACUGAAGUUAGACACGACAAACUUAAAAAU